AUGUCAAAGAGCAGCAGCAGGGUUAAUUCUGGAUGAGCAGAUUACAGACAAGGCAGAUUUACAAAUCAUUUUUGGCACUUCAACUUUAUUUUUUUUAAGUUAUUCAUUUAUAUUUUCCAGGAUUCACAUUUUUGAUAAAGACUCCUCUCUCUAGUGUUCAGUUUGCCUGAGUGAUCUUCAUUUACAGUCUGACAAUCUUAGAAUUUCGACAGCCUCUUUUUAAAUUCUUUUUUUUUUUUUUUUUACGGUGGAACUGUUUAAUCAUGCUAGGUUGGAGAGGUGCACUGCUGUGUGUAUUUUUGUGUCAGCUCUGGACACAAACUCCAGGCAUUGCUCAUAAAGGCUGCAGUGGCUUUGGACACUUAGAAAAUGGGCGUAUGUUUUUCCGUUAUGGAGGAUUGUAUGUGACCUUCACCUGUAAUCCAGGAUUCCGGAUCCACGGUUACCGUACUAGCAGCUGUGUAUCUGGACAGUGGGCCAGAGACCCACCGCUGUGUGUGGCAUCAGGUUGUCCCAGCCCCGGUGAUCUCCUGCACGGCAGUACUGUGGUUUCUAAAGACAGAUCUCUGGCCGCCUUCAGCUGUGACACUGGAUUCAGUUUGUUUGGAUCUGCGCUUCUCUUCUGCAAGGGGAAAAGCUGGAACGGCACUAAACCUGUCUGCAAAGUGGCUGAUAUCAUGAGUGUUCUUAAUCUAAAUCAAGACUCUUUACACGGUCCUGUCUCAGCACAGGGCCAUGAUGUUCCUACGAGCCUAAAAGUUCACUUCCAUAGUCAUGUAAACGCCGCUUCCAAGGAUGCUUUUUUUAAAAGAGUGUUGCUUGGGGUCCCUCACAUCAGUCUUGACUUUACAGACUUCAGGCAGAAGAAUAUAAGGAAACCAGUAGAGAAAAAGCCCUCAAAGAUUCUAUUUGACAAAACACAAAACAGUGGAAAGGGUGGGCCAAUCAACAAUCUUGAAAACGUCAAGGACCCAAUCAGGAACUCAGACUUUCAGAAAUCUGUGACUGUGGCAUCUGCAAAUGUCAGUACGAUCUCAUUAGAUCUUGAAUCUUCAUUUUUGAGCACCACACCAACCAGCUUUGUCACUCCAGCAGAGGAUACUCAAGUCAAGAUCAUAGAUCAAACAUUUACUGAAGCACCGUACAGAAGAAACCAUAAAGAUUAUCAGUCCACACUUGAUACAGACAAACUAUUUCAAAGAGCCUCAGUCAUUUCAGCUGCUAUGACUUUACCAGAAUACAGUAAAAAUAAUUCUCCCUGGAUAUCAACUACACCUGCACCAAACAUCAACACGUUAGGCACAGAUGACCAUCUACAGUCUUUCAUCAAAGUACGCACCACUGAGAGUUUUGCACCUUCAACCACAAGCUAUCCUGGUUUUAAGGUGUCUAAACAGGAGUCUGUUUCCUUUGCACUUGAUCCAUGGUCUACUUCUCCAUCUACCUCCAGAGGACUCUUUGAACAAAGACCAAACCUUACUGAGACAUCACCGCCACCAAAUACCAUUGGAUCUAUAUCAUCUAGCAAGGAGGUCUUGACGACGGCCACCCAGCUAGCAUCUGGCCUGCAUCUGAAGGCUCAAACAGACGUCCACAAUUCGACUGAGAUUACUGAUGAUCAAGUAAAUGAAAAAAGAAAUCAGAGUGACCCCAAGCAAAUACUUGAUACUCCAGCGUGGAAAGAUCUUCCAGGAUUUUCAAGGAUACGUCGUCCAGUGUGUCCCUACCCCCCCUUUCCUUCCCGUGGAACGUUCUACUUUCGCUCGAUAAAGAAUCCUGGCCCGCUUCAGUAUAAGCACUAUAUUCAGUAUGCAUGUUACCCUGGAUACACAUUGACCAACGGUGACGUCUACAGCUACUGUCAACACAAUGGACAAUGGAGUGGACGAACACCUCUCUGCUUAGAGUUAACUCCUUGCUCCUUAAACAACGGAGGAUGUUCGCAGAUCUGUCAUGUUAAUAAACAGAAUCGUGCCCAAUGUCUUUGUAAACCAGGAUUUCUUCUUCUGGAGGAUCAGCGCACCUGUCGAGAUUUGGAUGAAUGUGUGGAGGAGUUGCACCUGUGCCAGCAGGUCUGUCAGAAUACAUUGGGCUCCUACAGGUGCAGUUGCAGUCCAGGGUUUCAGCUCUCUUCAGACGGGACAUCCUGCUCUGAUGUGGAUGAGUGUGAGCAUGUUGGCAGUGCUCUCUGUGUAUUUGGCUGCAUUAAUACACCAGACAGUUUCCAGUGCUUGUGUCCUGUAGGGUACCAACUGGACAGCACCAAUAGGCAUUGCGAAGACAUUAAUGAGUGUGAGGAGACUUCGGUCCUCCAGCAGAAGCAGUUGCACUGGUGUGAGGGGAAGUGUGUAAAUCUGCCAGGUACAUUCAGAUGCAUCUGUCCUCGUGGAUACAGACUGCACCCUAAUGGACAUCAGUGUGAAGAUGUUAAUGAGUGUGAACUGAAGAACGCCAACUGUUCUCAUCUCUGCAUCAACUACAGAGGCGGCUACAAAUGUGCCUGUCCAGAAACACACAGAAUAUCCCGAAAUAACCAAAAAAACUGUCAGCCAGUAGACAAAAAUACCAGCUUCUCGCACUGACUUUUAUUCUUUUUCUUUUUUGUAUAUUAAGUAUCUUUUGAAUUUAAUACAAAAUAUUUCGCAUUUAUGCACCCGCAGUUAUGUACGAAUAUCUCUGAUUAUGAUGAUGAUUUGUUUAUGGCAUAUAUAAUUAUAAAGAUCAGCUUUGCUAUUGCUUACAGAGAA